CAAAAACAGUCUAAUACGCUUCGAGCAGAAGACGAAAGAACAUCGAGAGUAAACAAAAGCACUAGAACGUGAAUUUAGGAUUUAAGUUGCUAUAAAUGCAUCAACAUGGGGUUGGAAGUUAGAGAAAUUUCUGCACCACGAGUGGGCCGGUUUAAAGUGUAUAUUCAGGGAGAUUUGAAGCACAAGCAGUUUGUUGUUUUAACUGUUCACGAUUUAGGAUGCAAUCAUUCGAUGUGGACCAAUUUCCUGUCCCAUUAUUCAAUGGAAGAAAUCACCAAACGAGCUGCAUUCAUCCACGUCGAUGUGCCAGGCCAGGAGGACGAAGCCCCAGACCUCCCAGCUGAUUACACAUUUCCAACCAUGCAGAGCCUUGGAGAAGACCUUGUUUGUGUGUUGGACCAACUGGAUGUCAAACAGGUAGUUGGACUUGGUGAAGGUGCAGGUGCCAACAUUAUUCUGCGAUUUGCAUUGGCACAGCCUGGCCGGGUUUUGGGAGCCUGCCUCAUCCACUGCACUGGACAACAAGCCAACUUCAUGGAGUCCAUGAAAGAGAAGAUGAACACAUGGAAACUUGAUCAGAUUGGAAUGAACCCAACAGCAGAAGCCUAUCUGGUUGUUCAUCGAUUUGGAACGGUUAGCAAGCCCUCUGCCGUGCGCAAAGUUAUACUGCUGGACCAAAAGUUUGCGGUAUUACAAAAUUUUGAAAAAGCUCAAAACAAAGACCAGCUCGACAUAGUGAUUGAAGGCUUCCAGCAGUCGCUACGAUCCAAGAUAAACCCCAAGAAUCUCAAGAGAUUUGUCCAUGCCUACUUGACGAGAUCCAACGUGAUGGAUGUUAUUGGAAAACUGAGAUGUCAAGUCUUGAUGGUUACUGGAACUAAAGCAUCCUUCAACAAAUCUGUCCAUGCCCUCUUUGAUACCAUGAGAAAGAAUAUUGACAAAAAACUUGUCGACUUCCUGGAAGUUGAUGGGGUUGCUAAUGUACUGGAAGAAAAGCCUGACCGAUUUGCAGAGACCUUCUUGUUCUUCUUACAAGGUCUUGGACUAGUUGGAGGUGUUCCGAUGCCACGUGUGCAGAGAUCGGCUUCUAUCGGUGAGUGCGGCACUCCUCCUGGGCGAACCCGCAGCAUGUCAAUGGAGGAGGCCGACCAGCCUACUCGCAUUUAUUCCAAGAGCCCCCCCAAGUACAGUACCUCCCCCGUCGCCAUAAGCACUAGUGCUCCCAUGGAGGACUCCCCAGUGGCGUCAAGCCCACCCAAGAGUUAAACGUACUGCCAGUCAGUCGCCGGUUAGAGGCAGGAUAUGCUAGGAUUUUUUAAAGUUGUCAAAUAUCUGCCUUACUGUAAAUUGUAUAGGUCUGCACCAGGUCAUACUGACGUAUGAUUUAGAGUGUACUUUUUGUCAAUGGAGAAAAUGUCCUUUAGCAGAGUAACAUACAUGUAUGGUUAGACCCACCCAAUAAGAACUGUUUUUUUCCAAAUGCUAUGCAUUCUUUCUUUUGAUAAUUGGUUGCUACAUUGUUAGCAAACAAGGUUAUAUAUUUUGCUGUACUAUUUAUUGGUAUUGUUUUCAUGAUAUAGAGUUUAUUCUGUUUAGGUUGGGGGGUUUUCGUACUCUAUACAGAUGUGUUUGACAUAUGAACUGUCCAGUAAAAUUUGCUGAUUGUUCUUUUUCAUAUUAUUGUCAUAACAGUCCAUAUUAAUAAUAAUAAUAAAUUAAAAAUGUUUCUUUUUAAAUGUCAUUGAGGCUGCUGGUAAAUUAAUCUAUCUUUACAUUCAAUUAAUAUCUUCAUAAUUAUGUGUCCAUCUCAAAUUUUGUUUUGUUGUACAUAGCCCAAAAUCACUGGUUCUAAGGGGAAAAAAACAAAGACAAGAUUUAAAAAACACAAUCUGAUUGGAAAAUAAAACAAUUAUUUGUUUUUGCAUGAAGUGAAGAAUCAAUUUUUAUUAACCAAGACCUGAAAACACAUUGAAAAACGCAUGGGUUUGUACCUAGACCUUGAAAAUCCUUUUAUUUUAUGUGUCCCAGACUUCACUUUAACCAUUAAAUAUUGAAUUAUAAAAGGUGAAACAAAAAUUUAGAAUUCCACAAUACAACUAGUUAAAAUAUAUUAAUACAAAUGUUAUUUUAAAAUAAAUAUUGUUUAAAAAAAAACCUAGUUUAAGAAUAUUUUUAAAAUCUUGCACCCAUUGAUUCCAUUUUGGUCUAUUUAUAUCCAUGGCCUUUGUUCUCCUGCAAAACCAUGAAUUUUCUUUUGUUAAAAACAUUUACUAGUAAGUAGAGAAACAUAUUUGUACACAUUUUAGAUGUUAUUCAAACAGUUUUUUGAUUGUUAUUAUGCAUAGAAGUGCUCAUCGUACACAAGUCUGUUUUUGAAGGACUGCAAAAUCCAUGAAGCUCAGAUAUUUUAAUGAAAAUAUUGAAAGUGCUCAAAAUCUUUACUUGUUCAAUGAAUUGGCAAAUUCUGAAUAUAUCCAAAGGUUCACGAAUGUUUAGUUUAUAAACAGACUGAAAGAAACGAUGUUACAAGGAACUGAUUUUUAUUUUGUUUUGUUUUCAUGGAAAGUACUCAGUACUAUUUUUUAUCUGAUUUGUGACAUUUUUAAUGCACAGUAAUAUUAAUAAAAAAGAGCAGUGGUUGAACCCCGAUUCAUUUGUAUUGUUAUGACACCUAUCAUACUGUUUUUAUUAUCUAAGGACUUCAUUUUGACAUGUACAUGUGUCUACCAUUCAGCAAGUGCAGAUUCAAAAACUGUUAUGUAUCAUCUUGAACCUGAAAUAGGGCUUUCUGUCCCAUUUUAACAAAUUUAAGCAAUAUUAACUCAGAAUACUAGAAUAUAUUUUUAUGAGAAUAAAGCAAUAAUAUUAUGUUGGCUCCAACUUUUGAUUGUUAAAAUGACAAUCUUUAAUACUUGUAUUUAUAACUAUACAAACACUGAUACAUUUUUAUUUUAUUUUAUUUUAUUUCAUUGUUUUACAAUGACCAUCAGUUUGUUCACUAGAACCCAGGCAUUUUCAACUUAAAUGUCUAUUUUUCUCUGGCAAAUGUGCCAAGACAGAUGCCAUGUAUUAGCAAUAUGUUCUUUUUCUCUACAUUUGUUGUUUAUCACAGUAUUCAUGUAUGUGAUUAUGGAUAAGUAUUAUCUAAGUGUUCAGAUCUCUAAAUGGGUUGCCAUAAUUAUAUCUCUGUUCAGUGGUCUGUUUCUCAGUUACAAAAGCUAAUCACAGAUAUUAUAAAAUUAAAUUACUCAUUGUAUUUGAAGCUAUAAUGUAAUGAGUUACUUUAGUUUUAUAUAUUGCACAUGGUUCUGUAGCAGAAUGUGGUUUUCCAGUUCAGUACCAAGGGCAGGCUACUUUAGAUUCAAAAUCAUUGUUGAUACCUGAAAAACUAUUUUUAUAUUCUUCUGGGUCAAGAAUUUAGUUUUUAAAACCCCCCAGUAAUUUUGCUCAAUUUUAUUGUUAAGAAUUUCUCUUACAAUCCAUUUUCAAUACAAGUCUAGUACUAAUUAAUUUUAAUACAUAUGUGGACCCUAUUUUUUGUUGAAUGUCUUGUACUCAUGUUCAGUACAAAAUAAUAGAUAGAUAAACUCGACAGUAGAUAGUUUUUUGUGUGUUUUUUUAGUAUGUUUCAUUACACGUGUUUAUAUAUUUUGAAUAAUUUGUAAACUGGUAAAGGUAAGGAUUCUAUUGAGUGUUGUGUGUUUUGACCUUGAAUACGACUAAAACUCCUGAUUAUUUAAUUUCUGCGAUAAAAUCUGUUUAUAUAAAUACAUUUACUUAUCUAUAAUUAACUUUUAAACAUUUAUUUUUGCUCACGGUACCUCUGGUUGUCAGAAUAUUGCAUAAUAUUUUGUUAUAUUUUGAAAAAAAUUCUUAUUUUAACAAUAACUUUGAAGCAUAUAAAGCAUAUGUUUACCAAAACUGAACGUAGUCACAAAUUCUGUAUUACUUAAAUCAGUAUUUUCAUGUAACCAAAAGUGGAGAAACCACAUACCACAUGUAAAUUCUAGUUUAUUAUUAUUAAUUUUUUAAACACAUUACAGUAUUUCCUAUUUGUGAUUGACAUUUACCAUAUACUAUCAUAGAACUACUUAAUAUUUACAGAAACGUUCUACAUAAUUUUAAUAAUUACAGCUUGAGUAUAGUUAGUGUGAUGUUUCUCUAGUACAAACAAAUUCUAUCAUACUCAAAAUACUAUCAUCACAUUGUACUGUUGGUAAUGAUGUGGUUAAUUUUCAAGAAAUGACUUUAAUUCUAACUGAUGCUCCUAAUGGGGAAAGUACAUUUAACAAUCCUGAACACUUGCUGUCACCACUGAGUUGACCUUGAUUCACAAGUGUAUACUAGACAGUAUAUUUUAAUUCCAUUGAUAUUGCUAUUUUAAGCUUUGUUUACUUAUACUUGCAUAUAUACUCAAACUGCACAUUGCCCAAUUUUUUAUUUUUUAAUAGUUUUUUUAUGCAUCUAAUUCAUUUUGUUACCAUGUUUUAAUAGUUAAUAAUGUAAUUGUUACUGUUAUUAAAGUUUGUUUUAAAUUCAUUUUUCACAUCUUAGUCACACGUGGGAUUGUACAUGAAAUGGGGAACCCUCAAGUAUUUUACUGUUUUUAAUACUAGGAUUUGUUAUGAAUUAAAUUUCAGCACGGGACUACAUGUGUGUACUUAAGUAGGUUUUCGUUGCAGCUUUUCUUAGAUUUUGAUUCCCAGCUGACCUGGAGUUUUGUUUGAUUAGCAUCUUAUUACUAGUUCUGGCCCCAGUUUCAGGUUGGAGUUUCAAUAUUAGGAAAUGCUUUGAUAAUGAAGUUACAGUCAUUUAAGACUUGUUGUUUAGUUACCACUGACUUGUCUGUAAUAUCAUCAGCUGUUAUUGGACGUUAACCAAACUGUCAUGGCUUUAACACAUUUUAAUUCGCAGGGCUCGAACUUAACGACAUCACAAAUGGCAGUUACCGUAAUUGCAAUAUGAAGUGCCGUAGAUCAGUGAAUUUACCAAUGGCUGGUUUUUUUGCCAUUGGAUAAACAUUAUUGCUGUCAAUUGAAGAGCAACUUUUUAGGUUUUAUAUUUGUUGCAAAAGUUACUGUGUUAAAAUUGGCACGGGCAGACUCAAAAUUGUUCUAUUUGAGCAUUUUGCAAUAGGUGAUAAAUUCUUAAUUUCAAGCCCUGAAUUCAUAAGAUGUAUUCACAGUUAAAUAUUUUAACUUGAUUAAAUUUUCACCUGUUUAAAUGCUAAUUUCAAGUGGCAGUAGUUAGGUAACAGUCUUCAGUUUAAACCAGUAAACACACUCUUUAAAAUUAUCCAGUUUAGGAUUAUCAAUACCUAGGACAUGGUAAUUUUAUAGCUCCAACUGGCCACUUUCUUUACAUGUUUUGUAGUCGACUUGUACACCAUUAAAAUAUUCGGAUGAUAUUGUGAUAUCAAGACUGCAUAUUCGACUUCAUUCCAUGUUAAUGCAUUACUGCCAUUUCAAAUACAAGUAGCUAUAAGUCUUUAUUUCCAGUAUGUCCAUUUUGUUUUUACUAUCAUAAAUGGAUUCCAUUAAAAAAUAUUCAAACAGUAAACUUGGAACAUUGUUACUCAAAACAACUCGAGAAUUUAGUUUGAGGUUAAUUUUUGUUUUAAUUACGAUACAUGUAUUAUUCAUGUAGGCAGCUAUUCAUCCAUAGUGAUAUCUGUUAUCUGCGUGAAUAAAAAUUUAUAUUCUGGACAUAAUAUGUAUAUAGUACAUCAGGGUUUAAACUGCCAAAUAUAUUUCAAAAUAAAAUUGUCAAUUGGCAUGCAUAUCAAAGCUUUAUUUCAUAGCACUUUGUUUGCUUAAGGAAAAUUUAAUUAGGCUGUAUAUGUUUGAACAAAAUUUAGCAAAUUUCUAUUAAUAUAGACUAGUGGGUCCAUCUCAGUAUCUGGUACAUGAAUAUUUGUACCACUACAAUAUAGUUGAUUUUUUCUUUAGUACAAAUGCAUCAAUAUUGGCUUGAGUCAAAUAUGCCGCUUUAUAUGUAUGUUAUAUGUAUUUGAAAAACCAUUUUAAUGCCUGUAAAAACAACUAGUGUUUUUAUUGAGUAUUGAUUUUAAUUAAUUUUUAUGAUUUUUCUUGUUCUUCUUCUUGUUAAAUGUAUCAUUUGGUAUAAGGGUUUUACUAUUUUACUGAGAAGGAAUCAUGCUAUAUAUAUAGGUUGUGUGUAUUAGUGCUUUGGCUAUUUUUCGAUAACAGUUUUUCCCCUUUUGUUAUCUUUUUACAAGUAUAUUUUUGUUUUGCCAUGGCAGUAAUUGUUGUUCAUUUUUGUAUUGACAUUUUUUUUUUUUAUUGCUUUUAUUCAUUUGUAGUGAGUGUGUUAUUAAAGAUUAAGUUCUAGUCUUUUAUUUCAGUAUUCAUUUAAUAAAGUAGCAUUAUCAGAGAUGUGUUAUUUAUGACAUAUCUGAUUUAUUUUUGUCUAUCUUUGUUUUCUUUUCCUUUGGGGGGAGUGAAAGGUGGGGGGGUUUGUUGGGGGGGGGGUAUCUUAAAAAAACAACAAAAAAAAAACAGAAAUUAAAAGUUAAGUUUGUUUUUAGACACCACUAGAGCACUUUGACUUAUGGUGGUUGGGUAUCAAACAUUUGGUAAUUUUUAGACUUGAUAGACUUCAAAGGAUACCUGCUACAUUUUUUCCAUUAGCAGCAAGAGAUCUUUUAUAUGCACAAAUUCUCAGACAGGACAGCAUAUACCAUAGUCUUUGAUAUACCAGUCGUGGGGCACUGAUUGGGACUGAACAAACAAUUGGAGAAUGAGAAAAAAAAUAUAUAAAAAAAUAAUUCAGGAUGUCUCUUGUAAUGGUACAUGUAUGUGAAAUUGGGAUUGAAAAAUGUAAUUUUACUUGGGAUUAUUAUAAUCAACCCAUCCAUUGGCAGAUUUUAAUAAUGACAUUCCAGAGCUGUUUGAUUAGCAAAACAGUAUUUUUCAACUUUGAUAAUGCUACUUUAAAACUGCAGCAUAGUUACAAUUAUAGUUAAUCAAGUAUAUAACCAAAUGUUCAUCCAAUAUUAUAACUAGCCAACCUCAUAAAAUGAUGUAUAAAUUUUGUUUGGAAAUAAACAAGUUAUAAAAUAGCAA